GCGGAUAUAGUGAAUGCGGGGUCCGGGGGGAGAGCGGAUAUAGUGAAUGCGGGGUCCGGGGAGAGCGGAUAUAGUGAAUGCAGGGUCCGGGGAGAGCGGAUAUAGUGAAUGCAGGGUCCGGGAGAGUGGAUAUAGUGAAUGCAGGGUCUGGGGAGAGCGGAUAUAGUGAAUGUAGGGGUCCGGGGAGAGCAGAUAUAGUGAAUGCGGGGUCCGGGGAGAGCGGAUAUAGUGAAUUCAGGGUCCAGGGAGAGCGGAUAUAGUGAAUGCAGGGUCCAGGGAGAGAGGAUAUAGUGAAUGCAGGGUCCGGGGAGAGCGGAUAUAGUGAAUGCGGGGUCCGGGGAGA